UCCGUUAACUUUUCUUCCCCACCAGCAAAUUAUCAUCAUGACCCUCACAUGCCUAUUACUGUUCUUAAUCCACAUUGUGGUGGUAAAAAAUUCUGAGACUAGUAACAAUGUCCCUGCUGUCAUAGUUUUCGGAGACUCCUCUGUGGAUUCUGGGAACAACAACGCCAUAGCCACUGUUCUCAAGAGCAACUUCAAGCCCUAUGGUCGUGACUUCGAAGGUGGUCGUCCUACGGGACGCUUCUGCAACGGUCGUGUCCCUCCAGAUUUCCUUGCUGAGGCCUUUGGCGUCAAAUCAACCAUUCCUGCAUACUUAGAUCCUGCUUAUACCAUUCAGGAUUUCGCCACCGGUGUUUGCUUUGCCUCUGCUGGAACUGGUUAUGAUAAUGCUACUUCUGCUGUUCUGAACGUGAUACCACUGUGGAAGGAACUAGAGUUCUACAAGGAAUACCAAACCAGAUUGAGAAGCCAUGUUGGUGUAGAAAAAGCCAACGAGAUCAUAAGCGAAGCCUUGUAUUUGAUGAGUCUAGGAACCAACGAUUUUCUUGAGAACUAUUAUGUGUUCCCAACCCGAAGGAUCCACUUCACCGUGUCACAGUAUCAAGAUUUUCUACUGAGUAUUGCUGAGAAUUUUGUGAGGGAAUUGUAUGCACUUGGAGCACGCAAAUUGUCCAUAACUGGUCUUAUUCCCAUAGGGUGUCUACCCUUAGAGAGGGCCACCAACAUUUUGGGGGACCAUGGUUGCAACGAGGAAUACAACAACGUUGCUUUGACCUUCAAUGCCAAGCUGGAGAAUGUGAUAGCAAAGCUUAAUAGAGAACUACCACAGUUGAAAGCUUUGUCGGCAAAUGCAUACUCUAUUGUCAAUGAUAUCAUUACAAGACCUUCUGCUUAUGGAUACGAGGUUGUAGAAAAGGCGUGUUGUUCGACAGGAACGUUUGAGAUGAGCUACUUGUGCAGUGACAAGAGUCCACUUACAUGCACAGAUGCGGAAAAGUAUGUGUUUUGGGAUGCAUUUCAUCCUACUGAAAAGACAAAUCGCAUAGUUUCAAACUAUUUGAUUCCAAAGCUUAAAGCAACCUUUCGAUGAUCAUCAUCAUCAGCACGCAUUACUUUAGAAGAUUGCACAGUCUUGCCUAGAGCAGCAUCAAAAUAUACAGAUAGCUAGGUUUUAUAUUGGGUUCCCAUGCAUACAUGUUCGACAUGUAUACAUUUUAUGUCUUCUGCUAUGGCAAAUAAAUUAACACCUGAAUUGUAGUCAUGUGCACCACUUAGAACCUCGUGUUGUGUUUGGUUUUUUCGCUUUUUAAUUCAUUCAUGUGUGCCUGUUGGCUUUUUCAUUUUA